CUUUCCCUUUCCUCUCUAGCACUCUUUAUCUCUGUUUCUUUCUUGUUCUAGAAAGCAAACUCUCUACAAUCUUGAAUCUCAUCUCAUCUCUUACUACAUACACACUAGUUUACCUUUCUUAUAAAGUUGAGAUUUUUAUUUGCUGCAGCUUCUGGGGUGUUGGUUUUCAGAGACAUGUGAAUUGGGUUAUUUGCUAUUGGUGCCAAAAUUGCAUCUCUUUUGGUUCUAGAGUCUCAUUAAGUGGUAAAGUUACUAGCUUUUUAUGAAGGAGUUUCUAUUUUGAGAUUUUUAAAGAUAAGGAUGCAGCGUGUUCGAUUUUCGUCUCAACAAGCACCCGUUCACAAGCUAGGUGAUCCUCAAAUGACACUAUCUCCUAAGUUUAGGUUAGCUGUGAUUCAAUCUUCUUUGACAAAUCCAUCACAAGAGUUAGAUCAUUCUCUAAGUGAAGAACCUUUAAUACCGGGCUUACCCGAUGAUGUUGCUCUAAAUUGUCUUCUUCGUCUUCCGGUUCAAAGUCAUUCAUCGUGUAGGAUUGUCUGCAAAAGGUGGCAUAUGUUACUUUGCAACAAAGAGAGGUUUUUUACCAAUAGGAAGCAAUUGAGUUUCAAUGAUCCUUGGCUUUUUGUAUUUGCAUACCAUAAAUGCACUGGAAAAAUUCAAUGGCAGGUUCUUGACCUUACUCACUUUUCUUGGCACACCAUCCCUACAAUGCCUUGUAAGGACAAGGUUUGUCCUCAUGGUUUUAGGUGUGUUUCGAUUCCACGCGAUGGUACUUUGUAUGUAUGCGGUGGCAUGGUUUCUGAUGUCGAUUGUCCUCUUGACUUGGUGUUAAAAUAUGAGAUGCACGCAAAUCGAUGGACCGUGAUGAAUCGGAUGAUCAGUGCUAGGUCGUUUUUCGCCAGUGGAGUAAUCGACGGAAUGGUUUAUGUAGCUGGUGGAAAUAGUACUGAUCUUUAUGAGCUAGAUUCUGCUGAGGUAUUAGAUCCUCAAAGUGGGAAUUGGCGCUCUAUUGCCAAUAUGGGAACGAAUAUGGCGUCGUAUGAUGCUGCAGUUCUUAACGGGAAACUUCUCGUUACCGAAGGAUGGUUAUGGCCUUUUUAUGUCUCUCCGAGAGGACAAGUUUACGAUCCAAAGACUAAUAGCUGGGAAAAUAUGGCUGUUGGACUUAGAGAAGGGUGGACUGGUUCAAGUGUGGUUGUUUAUGGACACUUAUUUGUCGUUUCCGAGCUUGAAAGAAUGAAGCUAAAGGUUUAUGACCCGGAAACCGAUUCCUGGGAAGCCAUAGAAGGUCCCCCUUUGCCUGAGCAAAUAUGCAAACCUUUUGCUGUGAAUGUUUUUGACUGUCAAGUUUAUGUCGUAGGUCGAAAUCUUCUGGUUGCUGUUGGUCAUAUCUCUAAACUGAACCCAAAAGAAAGUUGCGAAGGGAAAUGGAACUUCGGUGUUCGAUGGCAUGUAAUUGACGCGCCCAAAAGUUUGUCCGAUCUUACUCCUUCAAGCUCUCAGGUGCUAUUUGCUUAGUUUUUGUUUUCAUUAUUCUGUAAUACUAUUAUGUUGUGAAUGUUUAAAUAAUAUGUGAUUAAAUAUAGUUAUUAGAGGUGUCAAAGUUUGUAAUAGUUAUCUGAAGGAAACUUUAACCAGUUUUUCAGUUGUACUAAAAUAGUAUCUUGUGUUUGUAUGGGAAAUGUUAGUUUUACAUUAACAAUUAUUUUAAUGUUU